AUGACAAUGCAGCCCGAGUUUAUGAAAGUGGAGUUUAAUUCCAAUGACUACCAAAGUGAUGACGAUGCGGUCGGGGAAUUGCCAUACAUGAAUGGUCAUCAGCAUGGCUUUGCCGAUCACCCUGCCUCUCUACGCGGGGACGGUUACGGAGGUGGAGGCACCAUCAAGUACUCUCCCCUAACAGCUCCAACUGCGUCGAUACAAUCGCAUAAUUACGAACCAGACGAAAGCGAGGUUUGGAGAGCCUAUGUUUCACAAGUCCAUUUUCUGAAUCGAGGACAAUGGUGGACUACGGGAAAAAAGAGAGCUCUCAAGCGGUGGAUUUUGACGUUUUUGGUGGGUGUGAUUCAAGCCUUUGUGGCUGCCAUUUGUAAUUUUUCGUCUCGUGCCCUGAGCAAAUGGAAGUACGAUUGGGUUUAUGAAUUGCUCAAUCCACCAGCGGCUGCCUCUGCUGUUAUGAAUGUGGAGACCGAUGAUCUGACAUUCAUGGGAGAUGAAACCGUGGGUGGAACGCAGGCAGAUGCAGCAUCGAAAUCGGGAAUCUCUGCGUUUUGGGCAUUUUGCUUGACUCAAGUUAUUUUUGCGGCAAUUGCCUCCAUUUUUGUUUGGAUUGAACCAGUUUCCGGAGGAUCUGGUAUUCCUGAAAUUAAGUGUUUCCUCAAUGGAAUCGAUCUGCCACGCAUUGUUCGAGUCAAGACAUUGUUGUGCAAAGUGGUGGGAGUUACCUUUUCGGUGGCUGCGGGAUUACCAGUCGGAAAAGAGGGACCCAUGGUUCAUAGUGGUUCCGUCGUCGCCGCUGGUAUUUCGCAAGGAAAGACCAAUUUUUGGGGUGUCGAUACUUCCUUUUCCAAAUUUUCGGAUUUCCGCAAUGACCGUGAAAAAAGAGAUUUUGUCGCUUGCGGGGCUGCUGCCGGUGUUGCUUCCGCUUUUGGAGCUCCGAUUGGUGGAGUCUUGUUCAGUUUGGAAGAGGGUGCUAGUUACUGGUCUACCAAGUUGACUUGGAGAGCAUUCUUUUGUGCGAUGACUACUAUUUCAACUCUGUUUGCAAUCAAGAAUGUUGAUGUCAUGUGGGGUCAAGCAGAUGUUGCAAAGCUCUUUUCCUUUGGGGAAUUUACCCACAUCUCUGGUGAAGCAUCCAAUUUUAGCAUUUGGGAACUCCCAGUCUUUGCCAUUAUUGGAUGUCUAGGUGGGCUCAUUGGUGCAGUCUUUAAUGCAGCCAAUGAGCAUUUGACAAUCUGGAGGAUGAAACAUGUCAAUCACUCCAAGAGCAGACGCAUGAUUGAAGUUUGUCUGGUCACGUUCCUUGUGUCUGUUGUCUCCUUUGUCAUGCCUUUGGUUUGGGGCCGAUGUACCGAGCUGCCAAAGGAUAUGCAAGACUGGACCAAUCAGGAAAAGAGCUUGGUCGAAAAUUUGAUUCCAUUCAACUGUGAACCAGGCAAGGAGUACAAUGAGGUCGCAAGUUUAAUCUUCACAGAGGCCGAUAUUGCCAUCAAGCAGUUGUUCCACUUUCGCGAAGGAGGAAGCGAGGACAACUCUACCUUUUCUUCCGGUGCUUUGUUCUUGUUUUUCAUUCCUUACAUCACUCUUGCCACCAUUGUCUAUGGCAUCGCUGUUCCAAGUGGACUCUUUGUGCCAUCUCUCUUGGCUGGUGCGGCGUUUGGGCGAUUGUGUGGCCACUUAUUGCACAAGCUUGAUCACACCAAUGGAACUUUUGCUGAUUCCGGAACCUAUGCACUGAUGGGAGCAGCAGCUGUUUUGGGUGGUAUGGCCAGAAUGACCAUUUCAUUGACUGUAAUUCUUCUGGAAGCUACUGGGGAUAUGCAAUACGUGUUACCACUGAUGUUGGUACUCAUGUCAGCAAGAUUCACAGGCAAUGUUUUCAACGAGGGUUUGUACGAUAUUCAUAUUCACCUCAAGAAGAUUCCAUUUUUGGAACCUGAAGUUCCACCAAUUGCCGAACGUAAUGAAAUUGUUGCAGGUCAAGUCAUGUCGACUGAAGUCAAAUGUCUUCGUCCUGUGGAACGUGCAGGUGUCGUGUACGAUUUGCUGAACAGCUGCAAUCAUGGUACCUUCCCAAUAGUAGAUACCGCAACUGGUGGAACACUCUAUGGAACAGCAAGCCGAUCUAUGUUAUGCACCCUACUAAAGCGAAGAGCUUUUGGGUCUCCAGACAUUCUGGAUGAUUAUGACAAUGGAGAAAACUUGGGACCUCGUCGAUUAAGUCCGUUGGUCCAGUGGGAUACCAUUGAGCGAGCAUACCCUCGCUAUCCCGAAAUCGACGAUGUUGACAUGAGGGACUCGGAUAGAAACUGUUGGUUGGACCUCAGACCAUACGCAAAUACUGCACCAUACACAGUGAACGAAACAGCGUCAAUCCAGCGUACUUAUCGCUUAUUCCGCACUUUGGGAUUGCGGUUCCUCUGUGUCGUGAACUACAACAAUCAAGUUGUGGGGAUUAUUACAAGAAAAGAUCUUUUGCCAGCAUCAUUGUCGAACUCCUUGCUUCGUGGACGCAACGCUCAUGUUAUCGAGGACGAACAUCACCUUGAUUAA